UUGGGGGACCGGGAUGCGAGCGAGUGGAGCGCCGUGGGAGGAAGCGGAGGUGCAGGUCGGAAAGGCCGGGCUAGCCGAGCCCAUUGCAGGAGCAGCUGCAGCAGCUAGGCAACAUCCAGCGGCGUGCCAGGCGGCCCAGCCCGUUGCUUUACUUUUUACUGCACCUACGUAGUCAUUAUGCCGAAGAGAAAGGAUGCAGUUUGGCAGUGGUGACGGAAAUAAAUGCCAUCUAGACCGUCUGCUUUCACAGUACCUGUCUCCAGAGAAUACCGAGGGCAAAGAUGGACCCAAACUAACUAAACAGGAGCCCACAAGACGGUCAGCCAGAUUAUCAGCGAAACCUGUUCCGCCAAAACCCGAGCCUAAACCAAGGAAAACAUCUGCUAAGAAAGAACCCGGGACAAAGAUUAGCAGAGGUGCUAAAGGGAAGAAGGAAGAAAAGCAGGAAGCUGGAAAGGAAGGUACUGCACCAUCUGCAAAUGGUGACACUAAAGCUGAAGAGAUCCACAUCUCUCGCUCAACUGUUAAUGUCUCAGCCUGCAGAAGUCCCCCACCCAGCACACUGUCAGUAAAGGGGCAGAUUGAAACAGUCAGAGUUAAGGGCACGGAGAACUGAAUCUCUAGGUAACGAGGGAGAAUGAAUUGUCGUGGAAAACUGGGGUUGACUUCAUGUACCUCUUGGGACAACUUUUAAAAGCUAUUUUUACCGAGUAUUUUGUAAAUGCUAAUUUUUUAGGACUCUAUUAGUUGGCAUAAAAUAUAUAAAGAUGGACAUUUUAUCCUCUUAUGGUGAUGUUUUUUGGAAAUUUCCACCAUCCUCAAGUAAAACAAAUACCAAUUUACUAUCGGAAGCUGCGUGUAAAAUGGAUUCAGCAUUCCAUACCCUUGCUUUAAAAAUUUAGUCCUGUGCAUACUGUGGUGUUUUUACUGUGCAUAUUUGAAAUUUUCAUGCAAUUUUUCUAGAGCAAUAAUCAGUGGUGCUUUUGUGCCUAGGUUUUAUGUGAUUUUAAUGAAAUAUGGAUAGUUAUGGCCACCUGCUGACUGUUUGUGGUUUCAAAUAAAAAGGUUUUCUUGUCUGCAAAAUA